CAAUCAGCCGCAGGCGGGCGGCGGGAGGCGGGGCCGCGCGGUUGCCAGGGCAGCGGCCGGAGAGGAACCCGGAAGCGAGCGCGGAGCCAUGGCGGAGUUGCACGUGAUCGGCCAGAUUAUGGGGGCCAGCGGUUUCCCCCAGACCAGCCUCUUCUGCAAGUGGGGGGUGCACACAGGCGGGGCGUGGAAGCUGCUGUCCGGUGUGCGGGAAGGGCAGACGCAGGUGGACAGCCCCCAGAUUGGUGACACGGCCUACUGGUCCCACCCCAUCGACCUGCACUUUGCUACCAAGGGCCUUCAGGGCUGGCCCAAGCUCCAUCUCCAAGUCUGGUCCCAGGACGGAUUCGGCCGCUGCCAACUGGCGGGCUACGGCUUCUGUCACGUACCCACCGGCCCGGGCUCCCACCGGUUGGAGUGCGUCACGUGGCGGCCCCUCGGCGGCUGGCGAGAGCGCCUGGCGGGGGCCUUCGUGGGCGGCGGGCCCCAGCUCCUCCACAGCGACGCCGUCUACAGCGGGGCCGACCGCUACCGCCUGCACACGGCCGCCGCCGGCACCGUGGUGCUCCACCUCACCGUGCUGCCCCGACACUUUGCCCGCUACGGGGUCGAGUGCUGAUUGGCGGGGGGGGGGAUGCCCGGGUGGCACCAGCUGGCCGGGGAAGCCCGGUUGGCACCAACCGGGCAGGGAGGCCCGGUUGGUAUUAGCUGGGCAGGGAGGCCCGGUUGGCACCAACCGGGCAGGGAGGCCCGGUUGGUAUUAGCUGGGCAGGGAAGCCCGGUUGGCACUAACCGGGCAGGGAGGCCCGGUUGGUAUUAGUUGGGCAGGGAAGCCCGGUUGGCACUAGCCGGGCGGGGAGGCCCGGUUGGUUCUAGCCGGGCAGGUAGGUCCGGCCGGCACCGGCCGGACAGGGAGACCCUGCUGGCACCUGCCGGGCACGGAAGCCGGACCGGUACCGACUGGACAGCGAGGCUCGGCUGGUAGCGGCCGGGGCCCCGUCCUCCCUCUUCUCCCACUCUUUCCACCCCCUGCCCGGGGCCCCGCGCCCAUCCUCAACCCCGCCCCGGAUGUUCUGUCAACUGAUUUUGAUACGAAUAAAGCAGCCCGAUUCGCAGCC